AUGGGUCGCGAAUCUGUGGCUGUUGCUUUGCCGCCGCCGACGGCGACUGCUCCUCGUACUGCUACGGCGGCGGCGUCGCUUGCUCCUGGCUUCCGAUUUCAUCCGACUGAUGAAGAACUCGUGAGCUAUUACUUGAAGCGGAAGGUUCUGAGCAAACCCGUACGCUUCGAUGCGAUUGGGGAGGUCGAUAUCUACAAGCAUGAGCCUUGGGAUUUAGCAGUGUUUUCGAGGUUGAAGACAAGGGACCAGGAGUGGUACUUCUUCAGUGCUUUGGACAAGAAGUAUGGGAACGGUGCUAGAAUGAACCGGGCGACUAACAAAGGGUAUUGGAAAGCAACUGGAAAAGACAGAGAAAUCCGCCGUGACAUCCAGUUGCUUGGUAUGAAAAAGACGCUUGUUUUCCACAGCGGGCGUGCCCCAGACGGGCUACGGACCAAUUGGGUCAUGCACGAGUAUCGCCUUGUGGAAUAUGAAAUCGAAACAAACGGAACCCCAGUGCAAGAUGCCUAUGUGUUGUGCAGAGUGUUCCACAAGAAUAACAUUGGGCCACCAAGUGGGAACAGAUAUGCGCCGUUCAUGGAAGAGGAAUGGGCUGAUGAUGCAGGAGCUCUGAUUCCAGGAGUAGAUGUUAGGGUCCGGGUAGAUCCGCUACCGCUAGCCAAUGGAAACAACCAGAUGAACCAGGAAAUCAAGUCAGCAAGCAAGGACCUCAUUAACAUCAACGAGCCACCGAGAGAGUCUACUCCAAUGGAUAUCGAACCUAACCAUCAGAAUCAUCAUGAGAAUGCCGUCAAGCCGCAGGAGAAUAACAACAGUAACCAUUUUGAUGAAGAAGAGGAAGCACUCAAGCGUGAGCAUGCAGAUGAAGACGAACAGCGUCCCCCUCCUCCGUGCAUUCUCAACAAAGAAGCUCCGUUACCUCUCCUCCAAUACAAACGCAGACGCCAGAAUGAGUCCAACAACAACUCAAGCAGGACCACACAGGACCACUGUUCGUCCACAACAACAACCGUCGACAAUACAACAACCUUAAUCUCAUCAUCUGCUGCAGCCACCAACACUGCCAUCUCUGCAUUGCUUGAGUUCCAACUCAUGGGUAUCUCCGACAAGAAAAACCUGCAGCAACCUCUACGUCCUCACAAGGAAGCAUCUCCUGAAGAGAGGCUUAAUGAUCUGCAGAAGGAGAUUCACCAGAUGUCUGUUGAGAGAGAAACUUUCAAGCUUGAGAUGAUGAGUGCAGAGGCUAUGAUCAGCAUUCUCCAAUCCAGGAUCGAUGCGCUGCGUCUGGAGAACGAUGAGCUUAGGAAGAACAACGCCAAGGGACAAGAAGCGCUCUAA